UGCGCGCGUCCCGUCGGCCCAUCAGCUUCAUGCGCGCGUUGCACACGUCUCGAUCUGCCGUGUCAGCCCGGCCUACAGCGGCGCGUCGGGAGGCCCCCCAAGAAAGACCUCGUGCUAAGGAAACCCUCCGAAGUUGCAUUGAACCCAGUGGAUUCCCGCAGCCAAGACCACUCCUCAGAGGAUAUGCAGUUCCUACAGGGCCUACUCGACGAUCCCAUGUCUGGCUUCAACUGGAACCUCGACUCGUUUUGCUCCUACGACCCCGAGAAUCUACCCUUUCCCAUGGAGAACUGGCCUGCAGUGCGUCAACUUGAUCCUCCAGGUAUCGAGCAGCGCAUCAUUGUGCCGACCAAGUUGCACUUUGAGACACUCUCAAAGCUCAACGUGGAGAUUCACAAGGGCUGGGACCAUGUGACGCACGUCAGGGAAAACACGCCUUUUGAUGAAUUUAUCUGCGACUCCUACGCCUCCAUCAGCGGUUAUGAGAAUCUUCAAAUGGUUAUGAAGUCGGCUCAAGAGUUUCUCGUCGUCAUCAAAGCGUUGCAUCGACAACUCGGUACCCGAACAGUAGCCCAUCGGGGCCGCACAGCGCGUUCAGACUUGACAGCGCUGGUAAUGGACCCUGCUCUAUCUGGAACAACGUCGCCGUCAUCAACUGGGUCGCCUCCUGGUGCAGCUGGCACUACACCCUCUCUUCCUCCUGUCUUUGACUCACCCACCAUGUUUCUCGUCAUAUCCUGCUAUGUCCAGCUCAUCAAGCACUUUGAGUUCAUCCUCAAGUGUAUCUACGACUCUAUAAGCGACACAAACCAGGAUCUCAUCCGGCCUGCCCCAAUGGAAUACGCACGCGUCCCUAUUGUCGAGGCAUCGACCCAGUUUAUUCUCUUUUCCGAGCUCGUGUGCCACGUCCUCAGUCAGAUCAACAUCGUUCUGGGCUUGCCGAGUAUCUGGUCAAACCGCAGUGCAUGGACUGGGCUCUUGACAUGCCAACGGUACAGGGACAUGGUAAACGUGGAGUUGGGGGCUAUGGAAGGGAUGUGGACAGCACGACCAGGCAAACUGAUAGAGAUGACGAGGUUGAUCAAGGAGAUGUUUGUUGAGUUUUCCAUGAUGGGAAUUGAUGCUUCGUGA